AUGCCCAAGGUCGCCGUGCUCCUCGGCAGCCUUCGUCGCCCCGGUAUGGGCUUCGGUAUCGCCAGCUGGCUCACCCCCCUCGUCCGCCAGAGCUUCCAAACUGCUCGCACUUCCACCCCCGACGCGUCCUCCGUCGACGUCGUCCUCGUCGACCCCACGCAGCCCCCGCUUCCUCUGGGUCCCAUCGUCGACGGUUCGCACGUCCCGGCCGACAUACGCGACCCCACGAAGCAUCCGAACCCGGCCGUACGCGAGUGGGCGAUGUUCGUCACCUCUUGCUCCGGCUUCAUCAUCCUUUGCCCGGAGUAUAACAAGUCGUACCCCGGAGAGCUCAAGAACACGUUCGAUCAUCUCUACUGGGAAUGGGCGAGGAAGCCGGUGAUGGUUGUGGCUUAUGGCGGAGGUGGUGGGGCACGGGUUGAAGAGGCAUUGCGAGGUAUGCUAGGUGGACCGUUCAAGAUGCAAGUGGCGGACAAGGGCGUCGGAAUUAAAUGGCCAAGGGGUACGGACAAAGUUCCCCCAGAGGGGCCCGCACCAAAAUGGUUACAAGCCUAUGAACCUGAAGUUCUCGCGGCAGUGGAGGAAUUGAACGGGCUCAUAUUGAAGAACAAGGCUUGA